CCAUGGCGGGGUGCCUGUGGCCGUGCGUGACCGGCGGCGGGGCGGCGGCGGAGGGGGGAGGAGGAUCGGGCAGCCUGUUCCGGUCGAAGGCGAGGUCGCCGGCGGAAGUGGUGCGGCACGCGAGGGAGCUCCUCGGCUUCGUCGCCGCCAAUCACGAGGCGUGCGGUGCCAAGCGCGAGCACAAGAUGGCCGAUCUAACUAAAACCAUCAGGGAGAUCAAAUCCAUUCUCUAUGGAAAUGGUGAUGCAGAGCCGAUCGAUGAAGCUUGCUCGCAGUUGACGAAAGAAUUUUUCAAGGAGAAUACCAAUUGUCUACAUCUACUAAUUAUUUGCCUUCCACGUAUGGACCUUGAAACUCAGAAGGAUGUCACUCAAGUUACGGCAAAUUUGCUGAGGCAAAAGGUAGAUUACAGGAUGGUUGCCUCUGAUUAUUUGGAAGAAAAUCAAGAUAUUAUGGAAGUUUUAAUUUCUGGGUAUGACAACAUGGACAUUGCAAUACAUUAUAGUGCAAUUUUAAGGGACUGCAUACGGCACCAAGUUGCUGCAAGGUAUGUAUUAGAGUCUCAGCAUAUGAAGAAAUUCUUUCACUAUAUACAAUAUCCGGACUUCAACAUAGCAUCCGAUGCCUUCAAGACUUUUAAGGAACUCCUCACAAGGCAUAAAUCAAGUGUGGCUGAGUUCUUUUCAAAUAAUUAUGAUUGGUUCUUUCCAGAAUUUAACUCAAAAUUGCUGUCAUCUUCCAACUACAUCAUUCGAAGGCAAGCCAUUCAGCUACUAGGAGACAUUCUUUUGGAUAAGUCAAACACAACAGUAAUGGUGCGGUACGUAAGCUCAAAGGAUAACCUCAUAAUUCUAAUGAACCUUCUAAGGGAACAAAGCAGGGCUAUUCAAGUUGAGGCCUUUCGUGUCUUCAAGCUGUUUACCGGCAAUCCGAAGAAACCACCUGAGAUCGUCGGUAUACUGGUGACAAACAAGAGCAAAAUCCUCAGGUUCUUGGCAGACUUCACAAUAGAAAAAGAGGAUCAGCAGUUCGAGGCCGACAAAGCUCAGGUUGUCACCGAGAUCUCGGCCCUGUGAUCAAAGAACUGGACCUGUGAUCAAAGAACUGGACGAGCCUGGAGCCUGACAUCGAGAGAGAGGGUGGAUAGUCUCUCUAGCUUGUUUUUGUUUACAUGUUCAUAUAAACCAAAGGGAAAUCAACGCUGAUUCUACUGGGAUGUGCUUGUGUUUUGGGCCGUGAACAACUGGACGCCAACACGCACCCAAACUGGGCUACUUCCUUUCGAUUUAUAAGCGUCGUUUCUACU